CGCAAUCGCGUAUACAGAUACACACUGCUAUUCGGAAACACGUUGGAAACAUGGUUAGAGGAAGUAUUUUAUAAACAAGUUGGUAUUUAUUUAGUACUGCAUAUAUUCUGCCCGACAAAACCGUAUAUUAAAGCAUCUUUCUAUAAUACCCGGUAAACGUCUGAGCCCAGAGCGACCACACAAGCUGCUAGAUAGCUGUUGUUAAGCUAGCAUGUUAGCUGGCUGACAUCGUUAGCCCAGUCGGUGGCAUGACAUGGAUCCGUUAAGUAUAGUUGCGGAUGAAGUGGCUUUGGAGGGACUGGACGGGAUAACGAUUCCCACCCUGUGGAUACGACUAGAGAGUAGACAGCCCAAGUUUCCCCUGAAGCUCGAUGACUGCACCAAGGAGCUCAUCUGGAAGUCACUUAUCAACAACAACGACCUGCGAUUCUAUCAACUCCCACAGGAGAGAGACGACGUUGAGCUGUUUGACAGGUUUAAAGACAUCGACCCAGAAACAGGAAUUGAAACAACACUGAGAUUUAAUGAAACACGGAAAGACAUCUACCCGGUCCAUAUUAUUCUAGACAACAAGGAUGGGAUACAGGGCUCGUGUGCACUCUACAAGGAGAGGAGACACGUCACUGAGCACAUCCGCUCCAAGUCCCUCACCCCAUUAGUCAACUUGCAGGAGGCUUUGGAACGAUAUGGCCGAAAGCUCGUUGUCGUUGCGUCUCAAUCACUGCGAUUCAGGACCCUGAUUGGUAGUGAGAGCGAUCCUGAUUUGAAACUCACUGACGACUCUUACUGUGUGUUGGAACGAGUGGGCCGAGCACGAUGGCAAGGAGAGCUACAAAGUGAUAUGCACGGAUGCUCUUUCAAGAUCGAUGCUCGAAAGCUGCACUACAUGAGGAAGUCUCUUGUCAGACAUGGACUUGUCAGCAUGCAGUCUCAUAUCGCACGAGUGAUGUCAGGACAACAGCAGCACUCCAUUCUCCUGCUACUCAAACGCUUCUAUGUUAACAGGAGGAGUAAGUAUGACAUUCUGAUGGAGUACGUGUCCAAUCUUCUCCAGCAGUCACCUGAUCAGUUUGCCACUUUGAUCACACUCAAAGAGCAGCUUAAGGUGGACGAAUGUACCUUUAAGCGUAUAUUUCAAUACAUGCGAGCUGCCAAGUUGGUUGAGUAUUGCCAGUUCCCUCUGGAGGACUUAGAUCCGAGCGCGGGGCCUUGCACCACCAAGCGAGGGAAGAAAGUGCUUGUCCGAUGUGCGAGACUGUUAAAGCCGUAUACAGGGAAAAGCGUAACUGAAGAUGACGAUGAUGAGGGCGAGGACGAAGAAGUUGACACUGGAAGAAGAGCUCUCCCUUUAGAGGGGCGAAUCAUGGAGAAAGAUUUCCUGUCACAGGCCUAUCACAUUGUAUUAUCCUGUGGUACAAAAGGAAUCCCCCAGAGUGGUAUUGGGGUUAGGAUGAACGUCGGUAAGCUGGAAUCCCGUAUGAUCUGCCGAAGACUGGAGAGGGAUGGUUUGAUUAAGGGAUUCAUGGAAGAUGAGGGUCGGCAGAGGACUACGAAAUUUAUCAGCCAUAAGUGUGUGGGUGAGAGUGAUCGACUCCAAUUGUUUGCUAAGGAGCAGGAACGGCAAAAGCUCUUGUACUCUUCUGCACCAGAGACAUCGGAUACUACACCAUCAGCCUCAAAGUCGACGGCAAAAGAAAACACCAGAACUCCUGCAGCAAAGGAGAUUCAGAAAGCAGGUGGAGGAGGAAACGAAGAUGCAGAGGAGGCUGGGCAGGUGUGUGGUGACAGAGAGGUGGAUACAGCAGAUAGAGGCUUUGAUGGAGAGGGCGGUAAAGCAAGAGGAAAGUCGGGAGCAAAAAGAAAGACGCCAGGGAAGAAAAGCAGUGUGAAAACUAAACGGACACAACCUGAGUUCCCCAUCGUACAACCCACACCAGCUGAAUGUGAAACCCAAGCCUGCAGAAAAUUCACGACUAGUAGGACACCGGACUCGGUGUCCAAUCCCAGAGCAGAACAAGCUCACAUUGAGGAGGAUAAAGAAUACAGCUCAAGCCCUACCAUCCCGUUGCCUCAGGUUGGGGCCUUGAAUGCAGCUGAUAACCAGGCAGACAACAACAUUGUGGUUGUCUCUGGGCAGGCCUCCAGACAUAAAAAAUCUGCUGAAAGGUCUCAUGAGACGUACCGCCUGUUGAGGAGGAAGAACCUGAUCAUUGAGGCUGUGCACAACUCCAAAAUCAUAGAGGGUCUUUUCCAGCUACAGAAGAUAAUCAAUGACGAUGAGAAGCAGGAUGGAGUCAGCACAAAGUGUUGCAAGAAGACCAUAUUACGUCUCGUUGCCAGUCUGUCUAAAGAAGGCUUGCUUAAGUUUUACAAGACCACUGUUAUACAGGAUGGGAUCACAAGGAACGUUGAGAUGGUCGUUCAUCCGUCCAUUCAGCCCAACGAUGACAUAGUGAAACGAGUCAUUGAGCAGGUCCGCUUCAAAAUCUCCAGCUCUUACACAGUUGUACGUCUGCAGCAUGCUCAAGAGAGAGCCAGAGAACAAGAGAAAACAUCUGCAGAGAUGACUGUCAGCACUUACAAAAACAGCAUGGCUGAUAAAAUGAGAGACAGCUUUAAAGAGGACGAUGACUUCAAGCCCACAACAGUUCGGGGUUUGGGAAAGACUUUUGGCUUCCAGCCUAAGAUGCCUCGUCUCCGUAUUAUUCAUAACUUCCUCUGGUACCUCAUAUACGGGCACCCAUGCAGAAACAGCUACACUGGCUCCCACUUGACCAGUGAAACACCAGCAAACCCAAACAACCCUGAUCGUGAUGACAACCAUAAAAAACAGGACGGCCCAACACAGCCAUCUGAAAGUGCUGCCACCGACUCUGUAGACCCACAAACUGCACAUUCUGCUCUGUCUAAUUCAGAUGCGACAUCCUCAGGUGAUGAAGAGGAUAAGCUGAAGGAUAAAUCAGCACCUGGUGGUUCUGUGUCUGACAUGAAAGUGUAUUGUGAUGAAGAUUCGUGGAAGAAAUUCAUUCCUCCUGUCCGUGUACACAAGGAGUUUGGCAGCGGCUGGGCGAUGGUUGGCGACGUGCUCCUCUGCCUGCCUCUCUCAGUCUUUGUUCAGGUCAUACAGAUCAAUUAUAAGGUGGAUGGACUGGAGGAAUAUCUCAACGACCCUGUGAAGCAACAUCAUCUUGUUAGUGCGCUCCCUGCCAGAAUGAAAAGACAGCUGCUUUAUAAACGGAGAUACCUCUUCUCAUUUUUUGAGAACCUGCAGAAGAUGGUCUACAUGGGUCUACUACAGUUUGGUCCUGUGGAGAAGUUCAAGGAGAAGGAUCAGCUCUUUUUGUACUUGAAGCGCAAUGCCACUAUUGUUGACACCACCAAUGCUGAGCCGCACUACUGGCUGGUCACAGAGUCGCCGGACAAUCCGUUUGAGAGGCGCCGGUACACAUUCAACACUGCUGAAGAUGUAGAAAACUACUGGUUCGACCUGAUGUGUGUCUGCCUCAAUACAGCACUGGGGGUCAUCCGCAAUAAGAGAAAUGUCACAGAAGACGAUCCUGCUCCUUUAUUUGUGCCCGAACGCAACGUGUUCAUAGGAUUGGCGUACCUGCUAAAGGGCAGUCGUGAAGUGUGCGAUGACGGGUCAAUACCAGGAGACGGUAAAGGAGCAGGAGGUCUGGACUCUGAAUUCUUUGGUCAUCUUAAACGCAACUGGCUGUGGACCAGUCACCUACUUGCUAUCAAAAAUAACCCAAGUGGUUUAGAGGCGAAGGACAACAAAGUCAGACUGAAGAGCCUGCUGAAUAAUACUCUCAGAAUUGCACUUCAAGCUGGAGCAACUACUAAACCUCGUUACGUGACUACCAAAAAACCACUGAUGCUAGAAACUGUUGAGGUGGGUGUCGAGCCUGCCUCCAGAAACCAGCAGGUGGUCGGAGGAAAGGGACGGAAGAGGAAGAGAAGCAAAAAGGAGGUUGUCAAGGUCCCACGCAAGAAGAAGAAAGAGGUCAGAAAACGCACUCCUGCUCAUGACGAUGCGGACCACCAAGCUUUGAAAAUGAUGACAAGACAGAGAGUCUACUGGUCUGUACAGGAAGAUUCACUGAUGAUGCUCUGUAGUGUGGCUUCGCACCUUUUCAAUAGCAAGUUAAAAAGGCCAUUCGUACCUUACUGUGUGGUCAGAGACCUGCUCCACGCUGAGUUUGAGAUAUCGGCAGAUAAAACAUCUCUAGCUGUCGGGCGUCGCUCAAAAUACAUUCUCAAAAAUCCUCAGACGCUUCUGAACUACAGGAUCUGUCUGGCUGAGGUGUACCAGGACAAAACUCUUUUGAGACUGUUGGAGGAGAAGAGACCUGCAGAUCCGGACAGUUCAGAGGAUUGUGCUAAAGGAUUCUCUGAGUAUGUCAGGCUGCUCAGACAGAAGUUCUCCUCUACUCUGAAUGCUAGUGAUAUGAUCAUACCUGACACAAAACAUCAGCUCUUCUCAAGGUUUAGGGUUUCAGCAAUAGAGAAUAGAAAGCAGGUGUCGUGGAGAGACGAUCUAAACUGCACAGACGACAUUCAUGCCAUAGUGUUACAUAACUUGAUCCAGAGCACUCUGGCCAUGACCAACUGUCAAAUGAAGUCCUCCAGAUCCUUUCAGACCUUCCACAUGUACAGUAAGUAUAAACAGGAGCUGCUGUGCCAAGUGUUCCUACAGUGCAGGAAGAGGGGUCUGGUCAACCGCCGUCGUAUUAAUCAGCCAUUUGGGCCGAAGAAGAACCGAGCACUGCCCAUCCUGCCGAUGUCCUUCCAACUGUCCCAGUCCUACUACAGGUGUUUUUCGUGGCGUUUUCCUCACUCGUUGUGCACUGAUUCCUUCCGCUUCAUGAGGAGUCUGAUCAGCAACAGGACGGGAGACGACAGACCUGUCACUAUGUUCCACCAUGAAACGGAGAACAGGACAGCGAACGGGGAGGAAGUGAUGGAGAGAAGAGCAGGGUCUGAAAGGAAAAAAAAACUAAGCGAAGGGAAGGAAGAUGGCCGACCAGUGAGUGAACCAGAGGUACAACCAGAGAAGACAAACAGUGACUCCACAAAGGAAAGGGAGAACGACCAAAGAAAAGUGGAAGGAGUAGAGGAGUUGAUGGAGAUAGACAUGAACGAGAAAAGGGCGUUGACAAGCAAAGCAGAUGAGCAGAAAAACCCAGAAGAUUGCUUUUCAGCUGGUUCUGGUGAAGAUCCAUCCAGCAGAGAGCAGACAGAUUAUCAACUACCCAAAGAAGACCCACUGAGAGUGGCUGCUACUUCAAACGCAGCAUCUCGAGCUUCAAAGGAGCCUCCAGGUGUGUCGGACUUGCUGCAGUUCUCUCUGGACUCUCCAGGAGGAGCCUGUGCGGCCUCUCUCAGCCUAAUGUCUCUGGGACUGCUGAAUGUGUACAUGUCGAUACCUAAACAGAUGGUGGUGGUGGACAGCAACCUGGUGGAAAACGAUGCAGUCAAGAAUAUGGCAGCACUGGAGGAAGAAGAAGAAGAUGAUGACGGUGAUGAGUGUGAGGGGAGGAAAAAAAUGGAAGUGAAAGCACAUCAAGCAUCACACACAAACUACUUAAUGAUGCGGGGAUACUGCUGUCCAGGCAUAGUCAAAUUGCGUAACCUCAACACCAGUGAUAACAUCGUGGUGGAGUCGUGUACUGUGAGGUUGCAACUGCGCAACACACCCGCUCACCAAAUGUUCAGUAUGGAGAACUCUCCACCAUUGGACUUGACUAAAUGUGGUCCAUCACUACUGCCUCCCAUCCUCGCCUACUCCAUCUGUUCCUCCUCCUCUUCUCCACAUAGUGUGGAGGAGUGUGACAGGCAUUUGAUUCAGCAAAGAGGAUACACUCCACAGGACAUAGAAGCAUGUGCUCAGCUCAGAAGCAUCUUAGAUGAAGCUGGUGAGUAUGGCUUGGAUACACGUGACCUCUACCGGACUCAUGCACACCUGGAGGAGCCACAGUCUGGACGCACCAGGAGCCUGCAGCAGUAUAUUAAGGAGUUACAGGAAGAAGGCCAGGUGUUAAAAGUCGGGGGUUUGGGCAUCCGUUGGGUGCUCAUGAAGCACGCUGAUCCGUGGCUGCUGACCGUAAACUCCAAGCAAUGGUCCCAGUCAAACCUCCCGACUGCCAGACUCCCCUUUGUGAAGAGAUGCAGGCGAGGAAGUCAACAGGAGACCGAGGAGCCGCCAGCAAAAAAAUCAGCUGUGGAAAGACAAGAGGGCGAGGACAGGGAGGACGUAGAGGGAUUGUCGAGUGACACGAGCAGAGAGAAACUGAACGAGGAAGGACAGCUGGAAAAGCAGAAAGAAAGGGCAGAUGAGGGAAGUGGAGACAACUUGUUGAACUUGGAAGAGGAGGAACGAAAGCAGAUGCAACCUGAAGAGAAAGGCGAGGAGGAGGCAGAACAGGAGAAGGUGGAAACUGAGGAAGGAUGGGGGGAAAAGAGAGAGCUUAGAGCCAGAGCGGACAGUAUAGAUGAGGAAGCGUGCUCUCCACCAUCAGGACCAGAUGAUGUUGAUGAAAAUGUGAGUUUCAUCGGCCGGCCGUGGCGCAUGGUUGACGGCAGUCUGAACCGGCAGGUGUGUAAGGGCAUGCUAGAGGCCGUUCUUUACCACGUCAUGUCUCGACCCGGACUCACGCAGCAGACAUUAGUGGAACAUUACAAAGAUGUGUUGCAGCCAAUGGCGGUGCUGGAACUGGUGCAGGCACUCAUAGACAUGGGCUGUUUGACAAAGAAAACUCUGGUGAAAGGUCCUAAGCCCUCCCUGUUCGCCCGCUCUGUGCACCAGACAAGACGUGAGGCAGAAGUGAAGAUUGAGGAACCAGACAGUGUGUUUUAUGAGCCCACCAUUAGCUGCUGCCUUCGACUCAGUCAGGUGUUACCCAACGAACGCCACUGGAACUAUUGUCUACCAUGAAAUUAAUCAUGGACCUCGAAUGGCCUGCUUUUGGCCUUACCUGGCUUGACCAGGCUUUUGAAGUGUAAGCCUCAAGUUGGGUAAAAAUUUCAGAAACGAUCAGACUGUGAACAGUUUCAUGUCAGGUUCUUUGACAGAUUAGCUUUCACUUCUGGUUUUACAGAACAUGGAUUUCUUUGUACAUUUUUGUUCAGUUGUCCAUUUUAAAAAUAUUUUGUUUUGUGUUCCUAUUUUCUUUGUAUGCUAAUAAACCUAAAGUUAUCAAUAAAAAUGCAUUACAUUACA